AUGGCCCUGGUUACUUUGGCUACCUGUGCCCUCAACCAGUGGAGUCUGGACUUUGAGGGCAACCUCAGACGCAUCAAGGAGAGUAUCGUCAAAGCCAAGGCGGCAGGCGCAACGCUUCGAGUCGGUCCUGAGCUGGAAAUCCCAGGCUAUGGCUGUCUGGAUCACUUCCUCGAGAAUGAAGUGUAUGAGAAUUCCUGGGACUCACUCUACUCUAUUUUGACUGAUGCAUCCCUGCAUGGCAUCAUGAUCGAUGUUGGCCUGCCACUUUUGCACCGAAACUGCCGGUACAAUGCACGUGCGAUCAUCCUCAAUGGCAAGAUCCUUUGUCUCCGGCCCAAGCUGUAUCUGGCCAACGACGGGAACUUCCGCGAAAUGCGAUUCUUUACGCCAUGGAACAGACCCAGACAUGUCGAGCAGUACUAUCUGCCACCCCGGAUCCAGCGGCAUCAGGGUUGUCGCCAGGUUCCAAUUGGCGAUGUGGUUUUGUCUACAAUCGAUACUUGCCUCGCUGCCGAGACUUGUGAGGAGUUAUUCACUCCCAAUAGUCCUCACAUCAACAUGGGCCUCAACGGCGUGGAGAUUUUCACCAACAGCAGUGGAAGCCAUCAUUCUUUACGGAAGCUGGAUGAGCGUAUCGCUCUUAUCCAAGAAGCGACUCGCAAGAAUGGGGGUGUCUACCUUUAUUCCAACCAACUUGGAUGCGAUGGUGAUAGGCUCUACUACGAUGGAUGUGCUAUGAUCUUUGUCAAUGGAGACAUUGUUGGGCAGUCCAGCCAAUUCUCAUUGAAUGAAGUCGAGGUGGUGGUUGCGACUGUCGACCUCGAAAAAGUCAGGGCCCACAGGUUCGCGCCGUCCCGUGGUCUCCAGGCAGUCGCAGUCCCGGAGUAUCAGCGCAUCGAGGUAGACUAUUCUCUUUCUCAGGAUAACCUCGACUUGGAUACACCUCAAUCGCCUACGGCUCCACGCCCAGCGCGAUACCAUCUUCCAGAAGAAGAAAUUGCUUUGGGCCCAGCGUGCUGGCUCUGGGACUAUUUGCGCCGCUCCAAAGCGGCCGGAUUUUUCGUACCUCUCUCUGGUGGUAUCGAUAGCUGCGCCACUGCAACGAUUGUCUACUCUAUGUGUCGACUUGUCAUCAGUGCCAUUAAAGAGGGAAACGAACAGGUGAUCAAAGAUGUCAAGCGCAUUGCUGCGUACACGUCGGAGAUUCCUGAAACGCCGGAGGAACUGUGCAACCAGAUAUUCUACACUUGCUAUAUGGGAAUGGAGAAGCAGAGCAGCAAGGAGACCCGCGACCGUGCCAAAAAUUUAUCCGACCGUAUUGGAUCCUACCACACGGAUGUGAACAUUGACGAUGUUUUCAACUCGACGACAAAUAUUUUGACGCAGGCUACGGGAUUCCAGCCAAAGUUCAAAGUGCACGGAGGUUCGCAAACGUCAAACCUUGCUCUACAAAACAUUCAGGCGAGGUCACGAAUGGUCAUUGCGUAUUACUUUGCCCAGGAGCUGUGCGAGGUUAGAAAGCGCCCUGGGGGCGGGUCCCUGUUAGUCCUGGGAAGUUCCAACGUCGAUGAAUGCCUACGAGGAUACUUGACGAAGUACGACUGUUCUUCAGCCGAUAUCAACCCCAUUGGAUCGAUAAGCAAAGUCGACCUCAAGCGCUUCAUUGGCUGGGCAUCGACCGAAUUUGAAAUGCCUAUUUUGGGGGAGUUCCUGGAUGCGACCCCCACGGCGGAGCUGGAGCCAAUCACGGCUGACUAUGUCCAAAGCGACGAAGUUGACAUGCAAAUGAGUUACCAAGAACUGUCCCGGUUCGGCACGCUACGCAAAGUGGACCAUCUGGGGCCGUACGGCAUGUUCCUUCGCUUGCUGGAAGAAUGGGGUGGCGUCGGCAAACUCAGCCCCCGAGAGAUCGCCCACAAAGUGAAACUGUUCUUCCACUUCUACCAAAUCAAUCGUCAUAAGCAGACAGUUGCCACGCCUGCUUAUCACGCGGAGAGCUACAGUCCAGACGAUCACAGGUUUGACCUGCGGCCGUUCUUGUAUCCGCCCGGGUUCGAGAGCUGGUCAUUUAAGAAAAUCGACGAGCGGGUGGAGGCUCUGGAGCAGCGCCAAAAGAGACAGGAUGCGGCUAAGGGAUUAAAAUAG